ACAGCCUCUCGCUCUAAUAAGUCAAUACAAAAUGGGGUCUUUUGUCAGAUACUUAACAUCCUCCUCAGCUCUCCCUUCCGCUGCCGCUGCGAUCGCAGUUGCUGCUCUCUCUUCUUCUUCCUCCUCUUCAAACCCUGGAUUUCCCUUCAAACCCUACACCCCUUUCCCUGCUUCUCUUCGAUCAGCGUCCAAUUUCAACUCUUUUGGACCUGUCAAGGGUUCGAGCCGACCGAAGGCAGCUCUGCACAUGGAUUCUACGGUCGCCGAUCAGAAGCCGGCGGUUGAGCAUGUUGGGAUUCUGCCUGAGCUCAUGACAGAAUUUAUGGUGGAUAUGAAAUGUGAGGGAUGUGUCUCAGCAGUGAAGGAUAAGUUGCUCAAACUUGAUGGAGUUAAAAAUGUUGAAGUAGACUUGAGCAAUCAAGUUGUAAGAGUUCUCGGAUCUCUCCCUGUUAAGACCAUGGAGGAUGCUCUGGAGCAGACUGGUCGAAAAGCUCGAUUGAUUGGACAGGGCAACCCAAAUGACUUUUUAAUCUCUGCAGCUGUUGCUGAGUUCAAAGGUCCAGUUAUUUUUGGAGUUGUACGGUUAGCUCAAGUGAGCAUAGAGUUGACAAGAAUUGAAGCAAGCUUUAGUGGAUUGUCUCCUGGUAAACAUGGAUGGUCCAUAAAUGAAUUUGGUGACUUGACUAGAGGACCUGAAAGCACUGGGAAAGUGUAUAACCCAGCAAACGUAUCUUCCGAAAAGCCAAUUGGUGACCUGGGAACAUUAGAAGCUCUGGAGAAUGGGGAAGCCCAGUUCUCCGGUGCUAAACAGAUGCUUAGAGUUGCGGACCUCAUCGGCCGUUCCAUUGUGGUUUAUGAUACCGAAGAUAAAUCAGAUUCCGGUAUUUCAGCAGCAGUCAUUGCGAGAAGUGCAGGAGUUGGCGAGAACUACAAGAAGUUAUGCACUUGUGAUGGUGUAACAAUAUGGGAAUCGAGUUAAGCUUUUGUUCGACCUUCGUUGUAUCUUGUAAGUGAUGCUAGAGAGUUUUGGAUUGUAGAAGUAAAUAAGGAAAAUGAACCUUUGGAUUGUAAAAGUAAAUCAGGAAAAUAAAACUCAGUGGAGAAUAAUUCUAUUUAUUUUUUAUUGAAGCAUCCUAGCUCAGGUAACAGCUCA